CGGCCAAUCAGAGCCAAGUCACUUAUCGAUAACUGGAGGCGACGGCCUCCUCUCCCCCACAUGUACGCAGAUGUGCGCCAGGCCUGUGUGGCCACUGAUAGCCGUGUGUUACACUGCUACAGCGAAGUGUCGCAAAGGUGCCCCCGGUAUAUCGCACUUAGCAGAAGCGCAAAGUUGCCCGGGGGGCGGACGGCGUCAUCCAGAUCUGAGUUUGCGGAUAAAACGAUUCGUUCUCGAUCAUUCUCGCCCCUUCUCCCCGCCGCCGCUAGUCGCUGUUAAAUAGACAGACAAGAUGACGGAUUCAAAGUAUUUUACCACUACGAAGAAGGGAGAGAUAUUUGAGCUCAAGUCAGAACUGAACAAUGAGAAGAAAGAAAAGAAAAAGGAAGCUGUAAAGAAGGUCAUUGCUUCUAUGACAGUAGGAAAAGAUGUGUCUGCACUGUUUCCCGACGUGGUGAAUUGCAUGCAGACCGACAAUCUGGAACUGAAAAAGCUGGUAUACCUGUACCUGAUGAACUACGCCAAGAGCCAACCGGACAUGGCUAUCAUGGCAGUCAACACGUUCGUCAAGGAGCUAGCAACAUCUCCGAUGACAAAGGACUGCGAGGACCCAAAUCCGCUGAUUCGUGCUCUGGCAGUUCGCACGAUGGGCUGUAUACGUGUUGACAAGAUAACCGAGUAUCUGUGCGAGCCGCUGCGCAAAUGCCUGAAGGAUGAGGACCCGUAUGUACGCAAGACUGCAGCUGUGUGCGUCGCCAAACUUUAUGACAUUAACGCGGCCUUAGUCGAGGACCAGGGAUUCCUGGAUCAGUUGAAGGAUCUCCUGUCCGACAGUAAUCCAAUGGUUGUUGCAAAUGCGGUAGCUGCUCUGUCUGAGAUCAACGAGGCCAGUCCGAGCGGUCAACCGUUGGUAGAAAUGAACGCACAGACCAUAAACAAACUUCUGACGGCGCUUAACGAAUGUACGGAAUGGGGCCAAGUUUUCAUCCUGGAUUCAUUAGCGAAUUACUCGCCCAAGGAUGAUCGCGAAGCGCAGAGCAUUUGCGAACGGAUCACUCCGCGUUUGGCACAUGCUAAUGCUGCAGUCGUACUUUCUGCCGUCAAAGUAUUAAUGAAAUUAAUGGAGAUGCUGCAGUCCGAAUCGGAUUUUGUCGGCACACUUACAAAGAAAUUGGCGCCUCCUCUUGUUACAUUAUUGAGCUCCGAACCGGAAGUUCAAUAUGUCGCAUUGAGAAAUAUCAAUCUCAUUGUGCAAAAACGACCAGAUAUUCUAAAACACGAGAUGAAAGUAUUCUUCGUCAAAUACAACGAUCCUAUUUAUGUAAAAUUGGAGAAGCUGGACAUUAUGAUUCGUUUAGCGUCACAGGCCAACAUCGCGCAAGUCCUCUCGGAAUUGAAGGAAUACGCCACCGAGGUCGACGUGGACUUUGUAAGGAAAGCUGUGCGGGCCAUCGGUCGCUGCGCUAUAAAAGUCGAGCCGUCUGCAGAACGUUGCGUCUCCACGUUACUGGACCUGAUACAAACAAAAGUGAAUUACGUUGUUCAAGAAGCAAUUGUGGUAAUAAAAGACAUCUUCCGCAAGUAUCCUAAUAAAUACGAAAGCAUAAUUUCGACUCUAUGCGAGAAUUUGGACACACUAGAUGAGCCUGAAGCGCGUGCCUCCAUGAUAUGGAUUAUUGGAGAGUACGCGGAACGCAUCGACAAUGCUGAUGAAUUGCUGGAAAGCUUCUUGGAAGGCUUCCAUGACGAGAACACACAAGUACAGCUGCAAUUGCUCACCGCAAUUGUCAAAUUGUUCCUCAAGAGGCCCACGGAUACGCAAGAGUUGGUUCAACAAGUGCUCAGCCUGGCCACACAGGAUUCUGACAAUCCCGAUCUGCGAGACCGCGGUUUCAUCUACUGGCGAUUACUAAGCACUGAUCCGGCAGCGGCUAAGGAGGUAGUGCUUGCAGAAAAGCCUCUGAUCUCAGAAGAGACGGAUCUGCUGGAACCGACAUUGUUGGAUGAAUUAAUUUGCCAUAUUUCGAGCUUAGCAUCCGUAUAUCACAAACCUCCUACUGCGUUUGUAGAAGGCAGAGCAGCUGGUGCUAGGAAGUCGCUGCCCGCUAGAAGCAAUUCUAACGAGGAAUCUAACCGGACAACUGCACAACCCUCCCACGCACAGGUCAUACCCGCUCAGGAUUCCUUGAUUGGCGACCUCCUCAGUAUGGACAUCGGUGGACCAACAAUGGUCACACCGGCACCUGCGCCACAGUCUUCGGGACUAGGAUUGGAUCUUCUAGGCGGUGGUCUCGAUGGAAUCCUGAACGACAAUACGAGUGCACCAGCCGUUUCUCAGAGCACAACGGGUCUGCUCGGCGAUAUAUUCGGCUUCAACCAAGGUCCCACGCCUUACAUAUCUCCCAAAGUUAAUUGGCUACCAGCCGAAAAGGGCAAAGGUUUUGAUAUUUGGGGCACAUUUUCGAGAAAAAAUGGCCAAAUUAGCAUGGAUAUGACCUUCACAAACAAAGCGAUGCAACCUAUGGGAGGAUUCGCGAUACAGCUCAACAAAAAUAGCUUUGGCUUAACGCCGGCGGCUCCGUUGCAAGUUCCAGCUCCCCUGAGUCCUGGAUCGAGUAUAGAAGCGAAUGUUAUACUGUCUACCGCGGGUGCGGUGCAACGUAUGGAACCUUUGAACAAUCUGCAAGUUGCUAUCAAGAACAAUAUUGACGUUUUCUACUUCGCGUGUAUUGUACCUAUGAAUGCAUACUUCGCGGAAGAUGGGCAGUUGGACAAGAGAGUGUUUCUUUCCACCUGGAAAGAUAUACCUGCACAGAAUGAGGUACAAUAUACGCUAAACGGUGUAAUGUUGACCGCAGAUCAAGUGGUGCAAAAGAUGCAACAGAAUAAUGUCUUCACAAUUGCUAAGAGGAAUGUAGAGGGACAGGAUAUGCUUUAUCAGUCUCUCAAGCUGACGAACAAUGUCUGGGUAUUGAACGAAUUGAAAAUUCAGCCGGGCAAUCCUGAUGUUACGCUAUCCUUGAAAUCUCGGUCCGUAGAAGUCGCUCCUGGAGUAUUUCAAGCAUACAAUGCGAUUUUACAUUCUUAAGUUUUCUUUCUUUCGUCAAUUAGGAUAUUGCUGUAAGAUGCAAAUUACAAAAAAAAAUAAACGCCAACAUGCGCAACAGCUUAUUUAUAGGAGCUAUCUAUGUACAUCUGCAUGAGACUCGAGAGUAUCUUGAAACACAGUACUACAGGAAUCUCUGUUACAGAUUGAAUUUAUUAUAAAAAUGACCAUGGGCGUGUAUGGAAAUAAAGAUUUAUGAUCACGUCUGUAUCCUUA